AUGAAGAUGGAGAAGCAACAAGACUACUAUCCACUUGGACACAAAAUUACAUACGAUACAGUUGAGGUCAGUCGUGUCAAGAAGUACCAUCUGCGCAACAUCACCACUAACACGAUUGACUUCUUCAACAAACUUCUCGCCUUCACUCGUGAAUUGGGUCCGAGGUUCACGGUCAUCGGCUUGGUGGGCGCCGGCUUCUUCUACAUCGCUUCCCUCGUUGUGUACAACGUGCCACAGAUUCUGCCCCUUCCACUCAACCCCGACGAGAGCAUCCAGGCGGGCGGACUGAAUUUCUUCGGUGUCAUCGCCUGCGCUUUCACCAUCUGCCUCGAACUGUAUCCCUUCGCCGUCGCGGUCUGCAACCUCCUGAGCACCACCAUCGUGGAGUCCGACAAAAACUACGCCUAA